AUGCGGCAUAAGCGUACCCUCCCCAGAUGCAGACCCAGGGGAGGACCAGAGAGGAAGGAGAGAGGAGGAACAACACUGUCCAUUAGAGGUGGAGAGAAAAGAGGGAUGACCAAGGACACAGAUAAACAGCCAGUGGUUUCUCAGACUAAUGCUGUGGUCUAUCACAUCCUGCUGUUCACCUUCUCUCCACUCAUUGUGGCUCUCAACCUGAUGGUCAUCAUCUCAGUCGCCCAUUUCAGACAGCUCCACACACCCACCAACCUCCUCCUCCUCUCUCUGGCUGUGUCUGACCUCUUUGUAGGCCUCGUGAUGAUACCGGGAGAAAUCCUCCGAAACAUGACCUGUUGGUUUCUUGGUGACUCCAUGUGUUCUUUCUAUUCAUUUUUUGCUUGGUUGUCUGUUUCUGCAUCAGUAGGAGACAUGGUGCUCAUCUCAGUCGACCGCUAUGUUGCUAUCUGUGACCCUCUGCAUUACACUAAUAAGGUCACUGGAGAGUGUGUGAUUUCCUUAACUGUUGUUGCAGAAGUUGUUGAUCUAGUUUCAACAUUUAUUCUUCCAAUUUGUGCCAUUAUUGCUCUGUACAUGAGUGUGUUUGUGGUGGCUGUGUCUCAGGCUCGUGCCAUGCGUUCUCACAUCACAUCCAUCACAGCCCAGCGUUCAGGGAAGGCAGUCGCCAACAAAUCUGAGCUGAAAGCAGCCCGGAGUCUUGGUGUUCUUGUUGUUGUCUUCUUAAUAUGUUUCUGCCCUUAUUAUUGUGUUUAUCUUGCAGCAGAUACCUCAGUUACUAUUUUCACCAUGCAGAUACUGCAGCCUGACUCCCGAAAUAUCAACAUUCUGUAG